ACCUCGCAGAUCCAUCUUCAAGAGGCUGUCACUGUUGCGGCCAUGUUGCUUCUUGUUCUUGCGUCCGCUUUUAUGGUAUGCCCUGUUGCCGCGGACCUCGACACAUUGUCCUUCAUCAUAGACUUCUUACGAUUCCAAAGACCACCUGCUCUUGUGAGCGCUUUUGUGUGCUGGAAACAAGAAUCUGAACGCCGGCUGACGCUACAGCUUUCACGCAAUCACGUUUUUCUGUCGACACACUCGUUGGACCGCCUUCGGGUCACACCGACGACCGGCUACGUAACAUUCAUCUUGGACACACGCUGUGAGGGUGCGAUUGGGAUUUUACAACAGGCAAAUGAACUACAGAUGCUUCGCAGACAGUACAGAUGGCUUCUCCUGCAAAGUUCACAUUUUGCAACAUUAAGUAGCUACGAAAACAAGACAUUUCCACAAGCAAUGGCCAGGCCCAGAAGUGACGAUAUAACAGAUGAACUGGAAUCCAUUCUGGAGCACUUGAACAUCCUACUGGACAGUGACGUAAUAAUUGGAAAACGCGUCUCAGAGAAAGUUUUCCUUUUGCUGGAAGUCUACAAACCCAGAGCGUCAGGCGGUCUCGUGAAAAAGAUCAUUGGGGAGUGGAGCGAGGGACAUGGGUUACGAGUGACCACUUCGGCUGUAGUAGCAGUAAGAAGAAUGAAUUUGCACAAGGCCUUGAUCAGGGCUGUCAUGGUGGUGACCGACAACGGUACUUUGAACCACCUGGACGACGACGUUGACAAGCACGUCGACACCUACACGAAGACAAACUACGCGCAGUUCAAGUAUGUGACAGAAAUCCUCAAUGCCAGCGUGGAAAUGGCCAUCACGAACACGUGGGGCUACUCUGCCAACGGCUCUUGGACGGGUCUGACAGGUUUCCUGCAGCGGGAAGAAGCGGAUAUAGGAUCGACGGGCAUGUUCGUGCUCAAGCAGCGUCUCUCCGUCGUUAACUUCAUCGCUGCAACUACCCGCACCAGGAGUGCUUUUCUGUUCCGUCCUCCACCCCUGUCCUUCGUGAUGAACAUUUUCACCCUGCCAUUCAGUCGUGCAGUGUGGCUGGCUAGUGUGGCCCUUAUUGCCGUAAUAUCCUUCCUACUGUACAGCGCCUUCAGAUGGGAGUACCGUGAAAAAGGGGCCAUGAACUGGACUGAUGUUGUUCUGCUCUCCCUAGGAGCUGUAUGCCAGCAAGGGUCGACGCUUGAGGCUCAGGGAAUCACUGGUCGUACCGUCACCAUCAUGCUAUAUAUAGUAGUCAUAUUCUUGUAUACUUCCUACUCUGCCUGCAUCGUUGCUUUGCUCCAGUCUACUACAGACUCCAUCCAGACUCUUGAAGACCUGUAUCACAGUGGUCUGACCCUAGGGGCUGUGGAUGUAGUCUACAGUCGUCACUUUUUUUCGACAGCCUCUGACCCCCUGCGGCAUGCUAUAUACACUCAAAAGAUCAAUCCUUCAGGGAAACCCAGCAAUUUCAUGUCCCUGCACCAGGGUCUGGAGAGGGUUAGGAGGGGACUCUUUGCUUUCCACCAUGAACUCGGACCGGGAUACAAGAUCAUUUCUGACAUAUUCCUAGAGGAAGAGAAAUGUGGUCUGCAGACAAUCACCUGCUUUGUGGAUUUUGUUGAUCCCUGGAUAUCAGUUAGCAAACAGACUCCAUUCAAAGAAAUAAUGUCCAUCGCCUUCCUCUUGCACCAAAAACGAAAUUACUUGCACAUCACUGAUUCUUGCAUUCACUUCAUUAGCUUGAUACCCUGCAGGUACCGAAUCAUUCAUGAGCGAGGCCUGCAGGAGCGUGAGAAUUUACGCUACUAUCACAAGAAGCCUAAGUGUGAAGGUCUGGGAUCGAGCUUUGUGAGUGUGGGCAUAGUUGACUGCUACCCCGCAUUGCUGGUGCUAGUUUAUGGGCUGAUGUGUUCAGUUACAGUGCUGCUACUGGAGAUUCUGACAUACAAAAGGUUUCAGAAUAAUUUUGGAUCGUGAAUCUGAACUUCAGCAAGAGAGAGUUUUGCAAGGCAUGUAAAAUUUUUCACCAUCAACUGUCUCAACUUAUCAAUUUUUCUAAUGAUACAGAGCAGUAAGAAGACACUUAUUAAAUUAAUUAUUUUACA